AUGUAUCAGAUGUCAGACCUGCAGGCCAGACUACUUUCCACGAAAUGGGAAAAAUCACCAUACCAGCAACUGGAAGAUCGCAAGAGCGAUGAGGGAUUGGAAAUCAACAGAGUUUGUGAAGGUGGCCAUGCAUCUAUUGGUAGAGUGUGGUUCCCUGAUUGGGAUAUUACUGUAGGGCGUGGAAUGGCGAUGUUUGCAAGUCAUAAAAAACAUGGCAUGCAAUAUUGUUUGGCUGAUUCUUUAGUAUGGAAUAACGAGGAAAUUGUUGUUCUGGCUGCCACGCAAUGA